ACUUCAGAGUACAACAAACAUGCUGUUAGGCUACUGUUGUUGUCAACCAUUAUAAAAUAAUGACCACAGAAAUAUAUUUUUUAUUUAUAAUUUUAUUUAAACUUCAAUUUAUUUAUUGAAGGAAAAAAACGUACUAGCAUAAAAAUCCGUGGUUGAGUGUGUGUGUAUGUGAUUCACGUGUUAAAAAAAAUUUUCUUUUUUGAUUAGAGUCCAAAAAUGUCAUAACAGUGUUCUGUAGUGUUCUAAUCAAAACAAAACAAAAAAAUGUACGAAACAAAUUUAAGUGAUGCCGAUUUAGAAUAUUUACGACAACAUUUCGAUGAAACCGAUGAAUCACGUGAACGUAAUGUUAACGAAAUACGAACGUGGAUAGAAGAAAAUGGAAAUUUUUUCCUGGCACGUACGGAUUAUGUUUGGAUACUUUCGUUUCUACGUGGCUGUAAAUAUGACAUUGAAAAAACAAAAAAAAAGAUUCAUUCCCAUUUAAAAUUAAAAGAAAGUGCACCAGAAUGGUUUCAAAAUCGAAAUCCUAAUCUACCGGAACUUAAAGAACUCUUUAAAGUUGGUGUGUUUAUACCGUUACGUGAACGUGACAGUGAAAAUCGUUUAGUUUGCAUUGUUCGUGCUGGGGCUCACAAUCCUUAUAAACAUAAACAAGAUAACGUCUUUAAAAUCUCGAAAAUGAUUUUAGAAGCUGCAAUUCAAGAAAUGGAAGCCGUUACAAUCUAUGGUGUGGUUGUUGUUGUUGAUAUGGCUAAUGUAGCAAUGGGUCAUGCAAUACAAUUGACACCGUCACGAAUUAAAAAAGCUGUCACAGCAUGGGAGAACUAUUAUGUUAAACCGAAACAAAUGAAUUUCAUUAAAGCUCCGUCCUAUAUUAAUGUGAUUUUAAAUGUGUUUAAAUCGUUUAUGUCAACAAAGCUUAAAAACCGUGUACAUAUUUAUAAUGAUUCGGUUCCCUUGGAUACGGUCGUAGAGAAACGAAUUUUACCGAAAGAUUAUGGUGGAGAUGGACGUAAUUUACAGGAGUUACAGGAUUAUUGGCAUGAGAAAUGCUUAAAUUUGACUGAAUGGUUUGCUGAUGAUGAGAAAUAUAAAGCGUUCAGCAAAUAAAAUAAUUACUUAAUAUUUAGUUUUUUAGUUUAUAGGUGCAGUCUUCACGGUUACAUAAAAAGUGACAAAAAAAUCAUUUCUGUUCGCAACUUAAAAGGCAAAUGAAGCAUCUGUGACGACUUGGUAUCUACGCUAAUUAGUUAGACGAUCAUGUGCGCAAUAAUUGUUGAAAUUUGAGUAUUCUCUCUCGAAACAAUUAAACUUGUGACAUCGAAAAUUGACCUGGGGAAUAAAAGGAAUUUGUAUUUCAAUGAGUAGAAUUAAUGAUCUUCGUUGUGACUCGUCUGUUGUCUGCAUCUCGAAAAAAUUAAAUUUAUCACAUCGAAUAUCAACUCAGUAGUUUCGAGUCGAACAUUAAAACAUGGUGGGCAUAAAAUGGUCAGAUUAUUCUAGAAAAGUUUGUGGGACUGUAGUAUAAGUACACUCAGGAAGACAACGAAAAAUCAAUUUUUCUCUCAUUUUUGUUUCCUUGGGAAUGUUGCUAAAUGAUUUACCGAUUAUGGACCGACUGGAAACCACUCGGACUUGGAACGGAGUGGCUUGUUUCUUUUAAGAAAAUUAAUAUUAGCUGCCGCAAAACAUACGAUUAUAAUUUUCAGCGAUUAAUCAUCAAUUAUAAUUGUUAAACUGCAAAUUCAUUGUCCACAGAAAGUGAAUCAUGAAAAUAAAAAUGACGCUAUCGUUUGAUUAGAUACAGCAGUGAAAAAUUACUCAAAAUUCAUAUUUUUAUUUAUAAAAAUUAUUGAAUAGUAAUCUGGUAACAGAUUAGACAUACAGGCUUUAAAUGUUUUGAUUACCUUGACAGAAAAGAAUUUUAUCAAAGCAUAUAAAAGUAUUGACCUUAAUAAUAUAAUCUGUCAUAUCAGCAUUUUGUAUAAGAUCAGCUAUUGUCUUUGCAUUGGCAGUAAAUUGAUAAGAGAAUACGCCAAUUUAAACAAUUGGCAAAUAAUUCAAUUGAGAAAUAUUGAGAACUGUAAAAGGUGCAAUAGCACUUAAUCAAGGUCAUGAUAGUGUCUUGAAAAGCAACCUGGACACUGGACUAAGAAUAGACUAUUCAAGAAAAUAAGAAAAUUUGAGAUGUGGAAUUUAUACUCCGAAUUCCUUAGAAUUUAGAGAUUAAGAAUUAUUGGUUGACCAGAAUAAGCGAUGCUUUGAAGGGUGAAAUAAUCAAGGCAAGAUUAGAAUAAGUAUUCGAGGAACGAUCGAUUAGCGAUAGUACUUUCUUCAAUUGAUAGAAACGGUCGAGAGAAGAUGAUAGAAAGAAGUUUACAAGUCGAUACACUGAAAGCUACUGUCGUUUCGUCUCGUUUGCGGGAUCACCAAUCAUUAGUAGUACAGGCAACGGAAUAAAAUAUUAUUAUUUCAAAGCUUAAUUCUAUUAAAUUUUGAACACGUAUGCCGUUUAUUAUUCAUCGAUGUAAAAUUUGAAUAGAACAUUAACAUUUUCGAUAUACAAGGAUUUCGAUGGUGAAAAAGACAAUUUUUUUAAGUUCUUAAAAAUAAAUUCCUUACAAAAAACAAAACUACUAUAGACAAUCACUUCAAUUAAGACUCCUUACAAUAUGUAUAAAUAAUCGUGAAUAAAUACCCAAUAAAAAUGUUUAUUAUGU